AUGACGAGGAAUCGCCUGCCCACUCUGUUCGAGGUGUUGAGUCGUAGGACUCAUCCUCCGGUGGAUCUCUUCUCCUUCUACAUCUACAUGCGAGACCAGCAGCGAUCCGUUGAUUACCUGGACUUCUGGCUCGAUGUUGCCCAGCAUAUGUCCCUCUGUCGCCACUACGUGCGCGAACUCCGAAGAUCAGUCUUGGUUGGGACGCCCGAUUUGGAGAAGGAUCAAGACAAGCGAUCGUCAAUGGCCCUCGAAGCAUUGGGAGACUUCAACAGCUCUCCAGCUGGUCCAUCACAUUAUGCGACAGAGAAGGAACGAGAACAGAAUGCCCAGAUGUCCGCCUACCUUCGCGAGCAGCAACCACAUACGCCGGGAACCUACCAUGAUUCGCCUUCAAGCAGCCAGGAACACCGUACUCGGAGUAGUAUGCAACUUGGCACGCCACAUCAAUUGACCUCGGACUCAACCUCACCUGCUCAUGCAGUAUCAAGAGAGGAUAUUCGCGCUAGUGCCGAGAAGAUCCUGUACACUUUCCUACUGCCAGGUGCUGAGCGUGAGAUCACCCUGCCGGGUUCCAUCACUCAAGAUAUCACCAUUGCCAUUGAACAAGAUGGCCGCGAUGACCCAGAGGUUUUUGAUGUCGCCAAGGAUUAUGUUUUCCAGGCCAUGGAGCGUGAUGCAUUUCCAGGCUUUCUUCGAGCUCGUGCUCUGGGUAACUUGAUCCCACCAACGAUUAUUGCGAGAUUGAUUAUUGGUCUCGUCUCAAUAUUCGGUGGCUUCUGGACCUCAUUCAUUCUCAUAUUCCUUGAUAGGUCAAGACUUGAUCGCUGCUAUGUCAUUCUCCCAUUCACCAUUGGUGUCUAUUUGUUGGCCUCAUAUCAAUACUCCCUGGACCCUCUCAUGGCCCUUCUCGGCUUCACAGAAUACACACCAUUCAAGUUCUCACGCAUCCGAGAGCCGUAUGUCCGCAAACUCUUGGUCAAGCGCUCCAUCAUGGUACUCGCCGUCACCGUACUAGUUGAUGCGGCACUCUGCGUGCUCUUCAUCCUUGUGCCCGGAAAGAGAUUGUAG